AUAUCUCUUGUCAGACUGUUCUCGCCGACUUUCGCGCUCUCCUGCAACCGAUUUCUCCUUUUCCCCGGCGCCGUUUCCCCGCCCCCCAUGCUGCAGCGCGCCGUCGCCGCUGCCGGCAUCACCUCGCCUCUCCGCUUCCCCCUCCUUCCCGCUCCCCACCACCAUCUCCGCUCCGCGCGCCAAUUUUAUUUCCGCCAGCAUCCCCCCAGUUCCGCACACGCCCUUCUCCCCCCUGCCCCGGGUUUUGCGCUCCCCACUGCGCCGCCCUUUGCGUCUUCCGCGGCUGGCCGGUGCCGCCCCGCGCAUUCGAUCUCCGCCUCCGCGGCUUCUGCGGGUGAAUUCAUGGCGGAAUCUGCGGCGGGAGCGGCGGCGGCGGGUGCGGGGGGUGCGGGGGUCGCUAUGGAGGUGGAGGUGAAGCUGCGGCUUCCGAACAAGGAGGCGCACGCGCGCGUGGCGGAGCUCCUGGCAGCCAGUCACCGCGUGACACAUCAGCAGGAGAACGUGUUCUUCGACGGCGCAAACGGCGAGCUGAGCCGCAACCGCAUCGUGCUGCGGCUUCGCUUUUACAACAACGACGCCAAGUGCGUUGUGACUGUAAAGGGGAAGACUGUCAUGGCGGACGGCAUUGGGCGCUCCACUGAGGAAGAGGAGGACAUUGACCCCACCUUCGGCCGGGCAUGUGUGAAGGACCCCUCAUUGCUGCAAUCCGCAUCCACACCUCUUCUCUCCUCCCUGCCCAACCGCUUCUCCUGCCCGGAGUAUGUGUGCCUGGGGGGGUUCCGCAACACUCGGGGCGUGUUUGAGUGGCGGGGCAACACCAUAGAGCUGGACGAGACUCAGUUUGCUUUCGGCACGCAGUACGAGAUCGAAUGUGAGACCAGCCAACCAGAGAAACUCAAAGCUGAGCUUGGGGUUUUUCUCCAAGAGCACAGUGUGCCCUUUUCUAAUAGCAGCAGCACCAAAUUCGGCAUCUUUCGGGCAGGGAAACUGCCCGAAUACUAAUUUCGCUUCUAUGAAGGCCUAGUGGGUAGAUUGUAGCCUUUUCACACAGUUUGUGCGUCAUUCUACCAUACGUUAUGAAAUGAGAAGUUAACAUCCUGGCAGGUCGGAUGGACCUGUUGCCUAGGUCCUUUUUCCUUUUUAAGACUACUUGCUUACUAUCACCAGCACAUACUAUUGACAGCUGCAACUACGACAA